AAAGAAACAACACACGAAUUUUUAAACAUCGUGUUGGAAUUGGUUAUUUUUCACUAGACCCCACCUCCUAGGUCAAUUUGUAGCUCCUAUUGGCUAAAACCACAUUCUGUCUUUGACGAUCAAAACCAUCAAAAAAGGUAGGUUGCACUCGCAAUCUGUCAAGGGAGAAGGAAGCGAACAACCGAAAACGAAGUCGUUCAAUUUGUGAGUAAAGGCUCAUUUGACCUGCAAGCUGUUGUGGCCUUCGUACUGACUUGCAGAAUGAGGUCCCAUGUCAUUAGAUUGACAUCCAUCAACUCCUAGGACCACUGGUGAUAUGACGCAGUAUUAUUGAAUGAGGGCGGAGACUUCACCUUUGACACCUUGGAGUCUUCCUGUCACGCAGUGUAACUGCACCUCCACUACGGCUUCCUCACCCCCUCUCUUUGUCCGCCUCUUCCCCACACCCCCGUCUUUGCUUCCCCCCAUCGCUGCGUCUUAAUCUAGAGCGUGCCCGGGGCGCGGCGAACGCUGGUGCCCCCCCCCCCGCGUCGCCCUCCCCCCCGUCGGCGGCCCCGCUGUGUGUUGGCGUGCGAUGGCGCGGCGGGACGCUGAGGGUUGCCGCGGCGGACUGUGAUGUCAGAGCCCAGCAGCCCCGGUGAGAGCCAGCGUGGCGCUCCCAGAUUCUUCGUGGGCUGCGAGGACGAUGAGAGCGAGAGCCUGGACGACUGCAGCAUGAGGACAGACAUGGAGCUUUACGAGGACGACGAGGAGGCCGACUCGCCCCCAGAGCGGCAGAUCGUGGUGGGGAUCUGCUCCAUGAUGAAGAAGUCCAAGUCCAAGCCCAUGACGCAGAUCCUGGAGCGGCUCUGCAAGUUUGAGUACAUCACCGUCGUCAUCUUCCCCGAGGACGUCAUACUCAACGAGCCUGUGGACAACUGGCCCCUCUGUGACUGCCUCAUCUCCUUCCACUCCAAAGGAUUUCCUUUGGACAAGGCAGUGAGUUAUGCCAAACUCAGAAACCCACUUCUCAUCAAUGACCUGAACAUGCAGUACUUCAUACAGGACAGGAGGGAGGUGUAUCGCAUCUUGCAGGAAGAAGGGAUCGAUUUGCCGCGGUACGCCAUAUUAAACCGGGACCCAGACAAACCAGACGAAUGCAACCUGGUGGAAGGCGAGGACCACGUGGAGGUGAAUGGGGAGGUCUUCCAGAAGCCCUUUGUGGAAAAGCCGGUCUGCGCCGAAGACCACAACGUCUACAUAUACUACCCUACCUCGGCUGGCGGGGGCAGCCAACGCCUCUUCCGAAAGAUCGGGAGCCGCAGCAGUGUGUACUCCCCAGAGAGCAAUGUGCGGAAGACGGGCUCCUACAUCUAUGAGGAGUUCAUGCCCACAGAUGGCACUGACGUGAAGGUGUACACGGUGGGGCCUGACUACGCCCACGCAGAGGCCCGCAAGUCCCCCGCCCUGGACGGGAAGGUGGAGCGAGACAGCGAGGGCAAAGAGAUCCGCUACCCCGUGAUGCUCACCGCCAUGGAGAAGCUCGUGGCUCGCAAGGUGUGCCUGGCGUUCAAGCAAACGGUGUGCGGCUUUGACCUCCUCCGAGCAAAUGGACACUCCUUCGUCUGCGACGUCAAUGGCUUCAGCUUUGUGAAGAACUCCAUGAAGUACUACGAUGACUGUGCCAAAAUCCUGGGGAAUAUAGUGAUGCGGGAGCUGGCUCCCCAGUUCCACAUCCCGUGGUCCAUCCCCACUGAAGCAGAGGAUAUUCCUAUUGUCCCAACCACAUCUGGAACUAUGAUGGAGCUGCGCUGCGUCAUCGCUAUAAUCCGACACGGGGAUCGAACCCCCAAACAGAAAAUGAAGAUGGAAGUGAGGAACCCAAUGUUCUUUGAGCUCUUUGAGAAAUAUGGAGGCUACAAGACAGGGAAGCUGAAGCUGAAGAAGCCGAAGCAGUUACAGGAGGUGCUGGACAUUGCCCGGCAGCUGUUGGCAGAUCUGGGACAGCACAAUGACUGCGAGAUCGAAGAGAAGAAGUCCAAACUGGAGCAGCUGAAAACUGUUCUAGAGAUGUAUGGCCAUUUCUCUGGAAUUAACAGGAAGGUGCAGAUCACAUACUUGCCUCAUGGCCAACCCAAAACAUCUAGUGAGGAGGAAGACUCCCGAAAGGAUGGGCCGUCCCUGCUGCUGGUGCUGAAGUGGGGCGGGGAGCUGACCCCCGCGGGCAGGGUCCAGGCCGAGGAGCUGGGCCGGGCCUUCCGCUGCAUGUACCCCGGAGGACAAGAUGGUAGCUGCAGGGCCCUGGGCUGCCAGUCCCCUAAUGGCUGUGGCGACUACGCUGGGUUCCCUGGCUGCGGCCUGCUGCGUCUCCACAGCACCUACAGGCACGACCUCAAGAUCUACGCCUCCGACGAAGGCCGAGUGCAGAUGACCGCCGCGGCGUUCGCCAAGGGGCUGCUGGCGCUGGAGGGCGAGCUGACGCCCAUCCUGGUGCAGAUGGUGAAGAGCGCCAACAUGAACGGGCUGCUGGACAGCGACAGCGACUCGCUGACCGGCUGCCAGCACCGCGUCAAAGCCCGGCUCCACGAGAUCAUGCAGAAGGACGAGGACUUCACCGAGCAAGACUUCGACAAGCUGGCUCCAACAGACAGUCCAUCCGUGGUCAACUCUAUGAAGAUGGUGGUGAAUCCAGUGAAGACGUGUGACCUGGUUUACGCCCUUAUCCAGAGUCUUACCUCCCAGAUCCGCAAGAGGCUUGAGGACCCCAAAUCCGCAGACCUGCAGCUCUAUCACAGCGAGACCCUGGAGCUCAUGCUCCAGCGCUGGUCCAAACUGGAGCGGGACUUCCGCAUGAAGAGCGGGCGCUACGACAUCAGCAAGAUCCCCGACAUCUACGACUGCGUCAAGUACGACGUGCAGCACAACGCCUCCCUGGGCCUGGAGGACACGCUGGAGCUCUUUCGGCUGUCCCGGGCGCUGGCCGAUAUCGUCAUACCGCAGGAGUACGGCAUUAACAAGGUGGAGAAGCUGGACAUCGCCUACGCUUACUGCCUCCCACUGGUGCGGAAAAUCCAGAUGGACCUACAGAGGACGCACGAGGACGAGUCGGUCAACAAACUGCACCCUCUGUACUCCCGAGGAGUGAUGUCACCAGGACGCCACGUGAGAACCAGGCUCUAUUUCACCAGCGAAAGCCACGUCCACUCCCUGCUCAGCAUCUUCCGCUACGGAGGCCUGCUCGAUGAAGAGAAAGACCAGCAGUGGAGGCGUGCCAUGGAUUACCUGGGUGCCGUGACUGAGCUCAACUACAUGACCCAGAUUGUAAUCAUGCUGUAUGAAGACAACAACAAGGAUCCCACCUCAGAGGAGCGCUUCCACGUGGAGCUGCACUUCAGCCCCGGGGUGAAGGGCUGUGACGAAGAGGAGAACGCGCCCCUGGGCUUUGGCUUCCGCCCGGCCUCCGCUGAGAACGAGCAGAAGCAGACGGAUCCGGGCAGCCUGGAGGACCUGUCCCGAGACGAACCGGAUCGAGCCGCGCCGCUCUCUGAGCCAAUCAGCAUCCAGAGGAGGUCCCCGCUCAUACGCAAUCGCAAGACAGGCUCCAUGGAGGUCCUCUCUGAAACGUCCUCCUCCAAGGCUGCGGGCUACCGGCUCUUCCCCUCCUGCUCUCGUCAGUCCCCGGAGAUGAAGCAGAGUGGAUUAGGGUCUCAGUGUGCAGGACUCUUCAGUACCACCGUCCUAGGGGGGUCCUCUAGCGCCCCCAACCUGCAGGACUACGCUCGUACACACCGCAAAAAAUUCUCCUCUGGCAGUCUGUCCUAUAAAGACGAGUUGUUGUCUAUGCCGGCAGUAAAGCGAUUUUCUGUGUCGUUUGCAAAGCAUCCGACUAAUGAGCCCCUGGAGGAGCACCAUGUGGCCCAGCUGCUGAGGCGGUCCUCCACUGACCUGGCUAUGCGGUACCCGCUCUUUCUGGACACUGCGCUGGCCCACCACCUGCACCAGUGCUCCUACCACCUGCGCCUCUUCCGCAACUGGUUAAUCUCCGGCCAGGACACCAUAGAGUGCCUCUACGGGUUUGAGGGCUGCUCCAUGGUGCCCUCCAUCUACCCGCUGGAGACGCUGCACAACUCGCUGUCGCUCAAGCAGGUGGACGAGUUCCUGACGGCCGUGUGCGAGAGCUGUGGCGAAUCGCACUCCCGAACCAGCAGAGCCCUCUCCGCCAUUUUCGACUCUCACAGCCAGCCAUCCGUGGACGCCUACAUCCCGCAGAGGGUCCUGUCGUCCUCGGUGUCCCUGCGGCAGCGCGGGGAGCGCCCCCCCUGGUACAGCAGCGGUCCGUCCAGCACGGUGUCCAGCGCCGGGCCGUCCUCGCCCACCACCGCCGACACGUCUCCGCGCUUCAGCUUCAGCGACAAGACGCCGCUCACCCCCCAGAGCAGCGAGGAGGCGCACCCGGGGCCGCAGGGCUCCGCCCCCGCCGCCAGCCCGCCCCCCGACGCCAGCCCCACCGCCGCCUCGCCAGUCGCGCCCCCGCAGCCCGGCAACCGGCCGGCCGACGGCGCGGAGCCUCCCGUCCGCGAGCCAGAGGCGGGGAGCGAACCCGAGCGGGGCCCCGCGGGGGCCUUCGGCGGCCCGGGAGAGAGCCCGCCCUGCUCCCCGCUGGCCGAGCUGUCCCUGGACAGGCUGGAGCCCUGCUGCGGCCCCCCGGGGCCCCUCCCCGUGCUGCUGGAGCUCAGGGAGAGCGGGUCGGAGGCGGGCUCCAGCACGCAGACGCCCCUCACCCCGGAGGAGCCCGACGAGUUCUUCGACACGCAGGAGACGGUGGACAUGUGGACAGACAUCCCCCCGAACCUGCCCCACCCGGGAACCCCGCUGGAGGUGGGAGCGGCCAAUGCGUCUGAGCCGUAGGGCCUGGGAAACAGAGAGAAAGGGAGAGGCGGGGCCGCCUGAGGGCUCUCGCAUACUUUCAGUCUGCGUUGUCCUGAAGGUGCAUUUUUGAACUCGAGUCCUAUUCGAUGUAGUCAAAUGUAUACUACUCAUACUGCUACUGAACAAUACUGUUUAGCAUGGCACAGGACACGAAGAGCAGUGUCUUGAGUAUCAUGGCUUGCUUUGCUGCAGUCCUAUGCAACUGCCUCAGAUUGAAAAGGGGAAAAGAUCCCUUUCUCUCCCGCAGCGUUUGUGGUGAGAGGUGCACAUUCACCCAUUUUCUGCAAGGAAGCAAUGGCUCCCAGCUUAGUCUUAAUCUCCCCCUCUUAGUAUGAGACGGGCCGCGGAAAGCAGAGCAUUUAAUGCUGCUUUUCUGGGCUGAAUCCAACCCUCUGAAUACCCCUGACGACUGCCUCUGCUUAUGUCAGCUAUGUGCUUCACCCGUAAAUGAAUUUUCUUCCCCUGGCCGUGGAAACCAGCUGACAGCUGUCUGACAAUGCCUGGCGACUUUGCUGUUCUUCUUUGUUGGGGGGAAAAAAACCUCCCCUGUUUGGGAAGGCCAUUUUCCAGUAAAUUCUUUGCACCACGGCGACUCAGAGUGGCCGGUGGAUCGAGCUACAACCCAGAACUGCGCUGGCUUAGCGAACGAGUUUUGUUGGGGUGUUCAGUUUUUUCUGUCCAGUGUGAGAUACGUCUUGUUCCGUUCGUUCCUCAAUGGAAAGUAUUGACCUUUUUAUGUCCUUGUUUAAAUACGGUUCUUUUGAAAGCACAUCAGGUCUUCACCACUAUCUGCCUCUUAUCUCUAACCUUACUGCUGAAACAUUGUACAUUUCAAGGGACGAACAUGGUCAUGGUCAAAGGUCACGGUCCACUGUGCUGCCAUUCUACCACAAAUUACUCAAACCCUAUAUUGAACACACAUUUUAGAAAAGAGAAACAAUCACUUAACUGCUUUUUUGCCAAAGUUUUUAAAACCAUCAUAUGCCACUAAUAUAAAGAAUUAUAUAUAUAUAUAUUUUUUGACUGCAAGUGAGGACUAAGGAGCAAGGUAGGCCUAGUAUUUUUAAUGGCUUCGAAAACACAAAUUCAUAUCAGGUUUGUAUUUUUGUAGCAUUUGACAUCACAAUAAAAAAUUAAAUUAACAUUUAAAUUAAUUCCAGCUUAAUUGCCGUUUAUUAUUCUCCAUGAUUAUGGCUCACACUUCUUAUCAUAAGAGAAUUUUUGAGAGUUGUCACCACUGAAGUACUGCUGUUUUUGUAAUAUGAUCUAUUCUUUUUAUUUGUGUGUAUUGUACAGUAUUGGCAAUAAGUUAAAUGAGAUUCUGUAUUUUAUAAUUGGAUUUAUUUAGUGUUCCUUUUGUAUAGUAUAGAUGCUGAUUUACGUAGAGGAAAAAUGUUAUUUAAUGUCAAUCAGAGAAAUGAAUGCUGCUCAAAGCAAACACUGUAAAAUAUCUGUCAAUAGAUGUGGAAAAAGUGAAAAUUAAAAAUGUCCUUGAUCAGA